AAGCCCCUGUCAAGGAGGUGGAGCAAGAGGGUGGUGUCCGCCUCCCGAUCCUCCCUGCCUUGAGCUAGCCGAGCCUGAGUCGGGACCAAACACGCCGCCCGAGACCCACACAAAGCCCGGGGGUCCACGCUGGCGCUCGUGGCGAGCCGUGAGCGAGCCCGGAGCACAGCUGGACCCGGGGCGCGGGACUGGUAGCGGGACGCGCGACCAGGCGCGGGCUGCUAUCUCCACACCCACACCGGGGCCCGGGACGUCUCGGGCCCUUUGGGGCCGCAGCGGGCGACGGGGACCAAGAUGGGAAGAGUGCCCUGAGCCCGGCAACUUCGGCCCCUCCCCGCCCCCACCCGGCUGCCCUCGGCGCGUCCCUCUCCAUGUGCAGCCGGCCGGCCAGGCGCUCCGGCUGGCGGCGGAUGGGUGACCUCUUCCUGGCCCGGGCGGGCUGUGCGAGGCGGUGGAGCCGGCGAUGAAGAAGAAGCAGCAACAGCAGCAUCCCGGCGGCGGCGAGGAUCCCUGGCCCCAUGGGGCCCCUGUGGGGGGCGCCCCUCCGUGCCUGGGUGGCUGCAAGCGCCGGAUCCCGCUGCUGCCUUUCUUACGCUUCUCCCUCCGGGAUUACGGUUUCUGCAUGGCCACCCUGCUGGUCUUCUGCCUAGGCUCCCUCUUCUACCAGCUCAGCGGAGGACCCCCUCGCUUCCUGCUCGACCUGCGGCAGUAUUUGGGAAAUUCCACUUACUUGGAUGACCAUGGGCCACCUCCUAGUAAGGUCCUUCCUUUCCCCAGCCAGGUCGUCUACAACAGAGUCGGCAAGUGUGGCAGCCGCACCGUGGUCUUGCUCCUGAGAAUCUUGUCAGAGAAGCACGGGUUCAAUUUGGUCACAUCAGACAUUCACAACAGAACCAGGCUGACUAAAAAUGAACAAAUGGAGCUGAUUAAGAACAUCAGCACUGCCGAACAGCCCUAUUUAUUCACGAGACACGUUCACUUCCUCAACUUCUCACGGUUUGGAGGAGACCAGCCCGUCUACAUCAACAUCAUUAGAGACCCCGUCAGUAGGUUUCUAUCCAACUAUUUCUUCCGUCGCUUCGGAGACUGGAGAGGGGAACAGAAUCACAUGAUCCGCACCCCCAGCAUGAGGCAGGAGGAACGCUACCUGGACAUUAACGAGUGCAUUCUGGAAAACUACCCUGAGUGUUCCAACCCCAGGUUGUUUUACAUCAUUCCGUAUUUCUGUGGACAGCACCCCAGAUGCCGGGAGCCUGGUGAGUGGGCGCUGGAGCGUGCCAAGCUGAACGUGAAUGAAAACUUCCUGCUCGUGGGGAUUCUGGAGGAGCUGGAGGAUGUGCUGCUUUUACUGGAAAGAUUUUUACCUCAUUACUUCAAGGGUGUGCUCAGCAUCUACAAGGACCCAGAGCACAGAAAGCUUGGCAACAUGACUGUGACCGUGAAGAAAACGGUCCCCUCUCCCGAGGCCGUGCAGAUUCUCUACCAGAGAAUGAGGUUCGAGUACGAGUUCUACCACUACGUCAAAGAGCAGUUCCACCUGCUGAAGCGCAAGCUCGGACUGAAGUCUCGCACCAGCAGGCCCCCUCUGCGACCGCAGUUCUUCAUUCCUACCCCUCUGGAGACCGAGGAGCCAAUCGACGACGAGGAACAAGAUGAUGAAAAGUGGCUAGAAGAUAUUUAUAAGAGGUGAUACAAGCGCGGCAUUGCCACCGUGGCUGUGUCCCCCAUUUCCAGAAAGUUCUUUGGGAAAGAAAAAUUCUGAAGGGACUUCCAUUAAUGCUUGGUUGCAUUAAAAAGAACAAAACAUUCCCACAUGUUGGGGUCAUUGGGAGAUGCCCGGUUUUGCGGGUUUUAUUUUAUUCUGUGUUUUUCUUUCCUUGUCUCCUUGAGUCUUUCCCAGUUACACGAGAUUGUUCACGGAAUGGCCUCCCAUCCUCUGCCCACCCCUUACAGUGAGAAAAGAGAGAGGAAUAUGUCCACCAACCCAGGCGUUUUAUCAUUUCUAAGAUGUCUCGAAAAAUAUUUCUUCCAUCGUAAAGAUAUUGUAUCUGGCAGUAGAAACAAACAUUUCAGAGAGGGGGAGUCUAGAAGCAUCUAGGAGUAGAAGGGGCACUGAUAGGAAUGUGGGGGGGAGGGUCCCCUGGUUACUGAGUAUCUGCCCACAUGGAUAGGACACUGCCUCUGGUCAAUCUCAGGGGACAUGUCGCCAAGAACAGAGUAGUUAGUUAUCAACCGCGAAAACAAGACAGCUCUGGCACCCACGUUCCCAGCCAAUCAGAGCUGGGGAGGCUUGUCAAGAUCAAAGCUUGAGCAUAUGAGCUCCAUUGAGACUUUCCAUCUGCACACGUUGCUCUGUUUGCAAGGAGCCUAACGGGGUAUGGCGUGUGCUUGUUAUGUCAAGUGCUGGCAGGACAGAUCAAACGAGGGCCGUGUGACAUCAGGAAAAGGCUGCGGCCGUCUGACGCCUCUCUGCCCUCUGGAUUCUUACCAGUGGAAGGGCCAGAAACUGAUUUACCUUUGGCCUUGAUAUCUACGGCAGGAACCCUAAGCUUGCCUAUUUGCCGGGCACAAUCCCCCAAGAAUACACAUAGAAAAAUUGUGUUUUACGGAAUUUGGUGUCUUCUAUAACUUCUAGACUGGUAAGAGCUGCUGUCUUUAGUAACAAGUCCCAGGAAAACAGCAGUAGAAUAAUUUUUUUAUGGAACCUGCUUGCUCCUGAUAAUCUUCCCCAGGGACAUCAGUGCAAGGAACAGAAAGACUUCUGGAUAGGACACUGCUCGACCAGCUUUUGAGUAGGUUGGGCCAAUCCUUUUACACCAAAAUAUGCCGUCCACUUCUUCCCUCCCGCCAACUCCCCACCUUCCGUGAUACUUCCGUUCCUUUAAUUUCUGAAUUGUAUUUAUCUUUUAAAAAAAAGUUCAGGAAAUUGACUUUAUACCUGGUGGAUUUUGUGCAGUUGGGAGCCAGAGCCCAGUGGUGAGAGCAGGAUGGACAUUGGUGACAACUUGUGUCUGCCUCGGGUUUGCCCCAGAGCCAGCCCUGGAAGAACACUAGCCAAAUAAGUUAAAGUAAGCAGGACUCUGGCUUGACACAGGUUCCAUGGAUUCUGCUUUGCAGAGACCAUCAAAUCUCCCAAAAAGUUUUUCCUUCCGUCACUGACACUGGACACUCACCAGAGUCUAAAGCCAGUCAUCUGGAAACUGUCCAGUGUGUACAGAAGCUACUUCAUCACAAAAUGCAUUAAGUAGACUCCAGCCCACUGGCAUCCAGGGAAGGCAGGAAUCACAGAGACUUAAAUCCAAUACUAGCAGUUCACGAGCCUCCUUUCUGCCUCAGGGGACUGGGACAGGAAGUAGAUAAGGGGAAGUUCACAGAGGGGGAACAUCCUUUGUGCUGCUCAGAGAGACCUGAGCCCUUCCGUUAACCAGACUUUGAAGAGCAGCCUAGAAAACAGUUGCGUGCUCCAAACUAGUAGAACAGCAGCGGUGGGGAGCUUUGUAAGUCAUCUCCCUGACAUUACAGAGACAGAGUGAUGGUUAGCUGGCCCGCUGUGCAGCCUCAUGAUCUGAAGAUUAAGCUGUAUUGGCUUGUUUUUCCCUGCCCUUGUUAAACACCAGGACAGCUGGUCGCUCUUAUAGGUCCCCUGCUUUCUAGAAGCUUGCACAGCACUUGCUGUGCUCAAAGACAUUUAUUCUUGCCCACGGUCACUGUCACUUCACAGGAGAGGGGGCUAAUAUUAUUUUGUCCCAGCACAUGGCCCCUAGAUCCCAGAAGUCAAGGUACUUCAUCAGUCCACUUGGGCCCUGGCCCGACAUAGUUUGUACUUCAUGAAAUAUAUUGUACAUUUUACAUAGUUUAAUUUAAGAAGAAAAUACAUUUGAAGCUAGUUGGUCUUUGCCUUAUUUAUUAUAAUCUUUCAGCACAUUCCAAGGUUUUAGUUACUCAGGAAGGAGUUAAUUAAAAUGAUUUUAUUUUGGUCAGAUGGAUGUUUUUUAAAAGGAAAAUUAUUCUUAUGAACCCUCAGCUGACUUCCCUGAAUGCUGUAAAAGUCCUUGUCCGUCGUUUUGUUGUUGUUGUUUAAGGAUUAAAACGUGGUGUUUGACCAUGAUGGGAAUUCAAAAAUAUAUAUGGAACUAAAGCAUUAGCUUAGCUAAAAGAAUAGAAACAAUCUGUGUUUGAGGUGAAGUGUUCCUUAACUUAUUCAUUACCCAUAGAAAUAAAUGAAUAUAAGUAAGUUGACCUUUUUUCUGUUAUUUUGGU